AUGGCGCGUGUCGAGGAACCGCUGGAUGCUCCCGACGGCUCCGCACUUACCUGGAUCUUCGACCAUUGUCUUCGCUACCCCGGUACUUACGAGAUCCCGUUGCGCACCAUGUAUUCGUUGAACUGCAACCCCACCAGACCACCUGCGACUGGUACCCGCGCUCCAGAGACAGCCUUUCAUCGUCCGUCGAAUUCGUCAACUUCCCAGGACUCACUUGACCCUGCCGCCGACUUCCGAGCUCAACUGACCCAUCAGAUCUCUCGGUUGCCUUCGCAGCCCUGCUCCCUCCCUCCAAGCUUUGUUACCUCAUUCCUGCGUCGUUGUUUCACUCUCCAGUUGGAAGAGGUCGAUUUCCCCCAGGCAUUGACCGCUCUGGACUACCUGAAGGACUUCGAGAACCGCCGUAGGAAGGAGGUCGCAGAUGCACUGCAGCGGCUGGGAAUGGAGCCCAAUGAUGUGAAGGAGAAGUCCGAGCUGGCGAGAAAGUACCCGGGCGUUUUGGCCUGGCUUGAAUCCAUCGGUGUUCAAGGCCGCCGAUUGGAAGCUCUCUACACUCAGAUCUAUGUUGGUCUACGUCGCUGGACGUUGAUCAACGAGAUGUUGAUGGAGCCAUUCAACAAGGCCAAUUGUAUCGCUAUGCUCAACACACUCUUUCCCCCGGUUACAGAUGCAACCGUCCCUCCCACUUCGCAUCUCACCCCGCAGAUUUUGAAGUCGCAACGGGAUGGAUUCUUCCGCUAUAUCGCAGCCGUCGAGGCCAACGGUCCAGACGUUCUGACCAAGGUUAUCGCCCAGGGUGCCCCCAAGGGUGCAGACAAUGGCUGGCCGCUGGUCAGGGAGGCUCUAGACAAGUACCUUCGAUCGGCCAACGAGAUCAUUGAUGAGUGUACGAUGGUUAAUGGUCCGAACAGCGUCGACGAAGGUAUCGAGUCUCAGCCUCGGGGUCAUAAAGGCCGCAAGGUAGAUUCGGGCAUCAGCUUCGGUUCAUCGGACAAGCUUCUUUCUUCACCUGUCGACGGUAGCAAGGGUGUGGAGGAUGUCUUGGAGAAGCCCCUCCCUCCCCCUCCCUCACCCAAGGGGGCCACUCACAAAUCGGGGUCUACUCUAGAGCGGCUGGCCCGCGAAAUUCGCAAACUGGGCGACGCCGGGAAAUCUAGGAAUCUGAAGAAGAUGAGAUCCACGAGUGCCCUCGGUGCUCGGUCGGAGAAUGUUGUUGGCCGCUCAAUGGAAGAAAAUUCACUCUUUGAGGUGGAUGAACAGAAAAGAAGACGGCUGCUGUGGGAGGCUUCCACCCGCAAAAAGGCCCACGCCAAACAACUCAGCAAGGAUACUUCAUGA